ACGACUUCUUGUUAGUGGUGUCGAGAAGAUGAACACCUCGACAGAAGAAGGUUCCACGCCAAGGUCGGGUGUUUAUCAACAUGGUACAAGAAGAUCAGAUAGUUUAACCAACUCCCCCUUAGGUUGACGUGGGAUCUCGGGGCGCGAUCCCUUGUUAGUGGUGUCGAUUGUAACGGCCACGGUAGAACCCCAUAUUAGAUUUGUUUGUUCUUUUUCUUUUAUGCAUCAUCAUGCAUCAUACAUCAUAUCAUCCACAAGAUUUUUAACAAAUAAAAAUUACUUUGAAUAAAAUAUUUUGUUUCCCCCCUCUCAUAUGGUUUCUAUAAUAAACCAUCCCCAUGUCUUCUAUUUUAAAACAAAACCCUAAAACCAAAACUACUAACCAAAAUAAAAUACCUUCAUAUAUUUUCCUACUUUAAAGUAAAAUUGGUUUUGUUCUAUUUUGUUUUUUUUGCAAUAGUAUUCCAAACAGUUUUAAAAUAAAACAGAAAAAUAGAAACCCCUCUCUUCCCCCUGGGCCUCCCUUUUCUUCUCUGGCCCGUCCCCUUUCUCUUCUUCUGCUGCACCAGCCUGAGUUGGCCCAGUCCACCGGCCCAUACCCCUUCGUAUCGGCCUCUCUCUCUUCCCCUUUCUUCCUCGAUAGCGACAUGAGCACGAGAGGAGCGUGCCCCUCCUUUUUCCCUGGCGGACGUCAUCCUCCACCACCAUAGCGCCAACCACUCCCCUCCCCUUUUAAUCUCCAUCCGAGGCAGGAAAACCCUAGCCCUCACCCAUCUCCUCCCUCGCGCCGCCAUCUACCUCCUUUCCCCUUCAUCUUCAUCUCUCUGUAAGCAAACGAAGAAGAAAAACGAACCCCACAGCACCUCCACCUCCCCACCAUGGCGCCACCGCUACCGACGCUCCCUCGCCGAGCUGAUACCACCAGAAGAACGACCUCAUCGUCCUCUUCUUCCCCAUGCAAGGAAUCGAACCGGAGCCCUCUAAAUCUCCAGCGAAUUCGCCGAUUCCGUCUUCAAGUCCGGCGAGCAAAUCUUCAAUUCCGGCGACGCCGGUGACCCCUUGGUGUCGGCUCCGCCACCUCCUGUUUCCCCAAGUCAGGGCGCACCUUCGACGCCUUGUACCUCGUCCAGGUUCGCUCCCAGUCGUCAGGUUCAUCUCCGACCGGCGAGCUCCGCCAUGGCCUUCAUCCCCGAGCUUCGCCUCGUCUACCUCAAAGGACGGCGCGCCUCAUUCCGUACAUCAAGUGAGCAGCAACGUGGUGAUCUCGUGGGCGGAAGACACUACUUACCGAUUGGAACCAUAUCCUGUUCAACAUCAUCAUCCAGCCGAGCUGAUCUGCUAGUUCUUCUGCAUCUGGGCCUCAGCCCACUCCCUGCCAGCUUCUUCGUCGCCCGGAGCGCGGCAGGCCGCCACCUGCUGCUCAGCAUUUGCUUCUUCCCGGAUAGGAUCGCGAAGUGGUGCGGUGAGAUACGACAAGUUCUCCGGAUGUCCCUCGGCAAGUUUUAACAGGUAUGAAGAUAUGUUCGAUGAAGACGACGCUAGCAAGGUUACCCUUCCGGCUUGGCACAGGCGGGGUUAUGGACGCCACUUGGUUAUCUUCGGGACUCUUUGUCCAAAUUUGUAUCUUGUCCGUACUCGGAUGUAUUUGAUCUUCUGUAUGAUUUGGAUCUUUGUAUGUAUCUAUUUGUAUCUUGACUCGUUCGAGUCGUUGUUGUAAUAUAUAUGUUUCUUGUGGGCUCUA